CUUGGUCCUUCGCUCUGCACCAAAACUCAACCACAAACAUGCAACCAACUGAGUCUCAACUGUCCAAAAACAGCCUGUCCCUGACCCUGCGGAGGUACAGCGCCGCCGUUACGGACAUGGAGCAGACUAUCCUCGUGCCCAGCCUGCUCCGGGAUGUUCCCACGGAUGAGCUGGGCGACUGCGAGGAGACCUGCCGAGACCUCUACGACAGCUACCAGAUGCUCAAGACCAUAAGGAACACAGUGGAGAGCGGGCUGGUUUCCAUCGACGACCGUAAAGCUGCAGAGCGGAACAUGGAUCCAUCACUAGACAUGGAUGAAGAGAGGCAGUUUCAUUUUCAUCUCAAAGGACUUUUCAAUUUGAUGAGACAUCUGACCAUCAGGACGCGGAGCCUAACGGAGAAAUACAAGGACAUCAUUGGAGUGGCUAAUUGAGAUGGACAGAGGGAAAAAUCCAUGGACAAUAUUAUCGCUUUGCUUUGUGUGAGAUGAGAAAACAGUAAAUAUUAAAUGUGUGAAAUCAGCCAAUAAAGGUGCUUUGCCAAAGAAAGCAGUCAGUUGUGUACUGUAUUUAUAUUUGUAAAACACCUUCCUGAACCCAGAAAGUAAAGACAAUAAAUUUGUGACAC